GGAACUGUAAAUCCAGCAGAAGCUGUCAGCGCCUUUAGAUGGGCUGCACCUGGUAUGGACUUCUAUCCACAUGGACCCAGGAGCCACGUGAGCUCAGCCCUGCAGUCUGUCACUGAUCUGUGCUUGGGAGCUCAGCAGUGCCUGAGUGAGCGGCCUGACCUGGCCCCAGGCCCUCCUCCUCACCAUGGACCUGCCAGGAUUAUGUCUGACCCUGGGUACCCCCCCAGACUCACCCCAGCCCAGACCCUGAGGGUAUCCCUGUGUAAAUAUGGAACCUGGAGGAAUCCCUAUUGGCUGCAGGCAAGGAGGAGAAGAAACAGAGCACAACCUGUGCCUUGGAGCCCUCUGAUCAAAUGCUUCCAGUUUCACCAGGAAUUCACUUCAUUUGAGCCCUGGGCACACACAGUCCAUGCCCCAGGCCCCACUGUCUGUGUCCCUGGCAUGGCUGGGCACAGCUCCAUCCCUUUAAUGGAAAAGGGGGAGCGCAUGGGAAACAUAAUUGUCUAUGGAAGGUUUGGGUGUAGCAAUCAGGAAACAGUGGUCUGCAAAAUCUCAAAGGGAGUGGGAAAGGUGAGAAGUGGUACACAGGCUCUGGCUGAAGCUCUGCAGUGUGUGGGAUCCUCUGGGAGGCUGCUCUGGGAAAUGCAGGAGCUGGGCAGAGCUGGCAGGUCCUUAAGGACAGGAUCCCGGAUUACCCAUCCCGAUAAUCAGGCACAUCUACUGGGAUGGCUUUGAGCUAAACUGGGAAUGAACUCCUGGCUGAGCUCCAGUGCAAAAAGGGCAGCAUGGAGAAGGUGGAAGCACGGACAUGGAGAGAUCUGGGCACCGGGGUCGGACUCAGCGGUCACUUCAUGGGGAAGAAGAGCGUCACAGGCUCCCAACACCUGGAGACUGCCGAGGAGCCUGCAGUGCCAGUGGUCUUCGGUCCCUCUCUCCGAGCCCUGCUGGAGGACAUGAUGGAACUGCUGACCCGGGAGCUCCUGAAAAUCCUCUUGCAAGAAAGGCUACUGGAUGAGAACCAAGGGAAAUAUGACCUCACUGGCCAGGAGACAGGGCUUUUAACAAAGGUGCUGGAGAAGUACUUUUCAAACUGAAGAGGUGGGGAGGAUGAGGUCUGCAAGGUCAGCUGUGCCUGGUGAACAGAGGAGAGCAUCGUCCUUGUGGGUUUCUACAGCAGCAUCACUUUUAUUUAUUCUCUCUGAAAUAUUGUUAAUAGUGAUGUUGUGUGUGAAGGUGGAGCCUGCCUGUAUAGCUCCUGUAUGUUUUGUGUUUCCUUGACAUCUGAUGUGUGCCUGUGUGAAUAAAACUGGUUCUUUGCA